AUGGCCGAGCCUUCGCUGCCCCUCUCCUUCCUCUGCCUCCUCGCCCUCUCCUCCGCCUGCUACAUCCAGAACUGCCCCCGGGGCGGCAAGCGCGCCUUGGCCGACGCAGCCCUGCGGCAGUGCCUGCCCUGCGGCCCGGGGAACAGAGGUCGCUGCUUCGGCCCCGGCAUCUGCUGCGGCGCGGAGCUGGGCGGCUGCUACCUGGGCACGGCGGAGACGCGGCGCUGCGCCGAGGAGGACUACCUGCCCUCGCCCUGCCAGCCCGGCGGGCAGCCCUGCGGCUCCGGCGGCCGCUGCGCCGCCGACGGCGUCUGCUGCAGCGCUGACACCUGCGCCGCGGACGCCUCCUGCCUGGAGGAGGGCAGCGAGCGGGCCGAGGAGGCGGCGGAGAAGAACCUGACGGUGCUGGACGGCUCGGCCGGGGACCUGCUGCUGCGGCUGAUGCAGCUGGCCGGCCGGCAGCAGGGCAAGCAGCCCGGCCUCUGAGCCGCGCCGCCGCGC